AUGCGUCUUUUGCACUACGACGAACAUGGUGAGCUCAGCAUCAUCAGCUUCGACGAUCGCGCAAUACCGCCAUAUGCAAUACUUUCACACACUUGGGGAGCCGAUGCGGAGGAGGUGACUUUUGCAGACCUUGCGACAGGCGAUGGCAAGGCCAAGCGUGGCUACAAGAAGAUUCACUCCUGCGGACAACAAGCACAACAAGAUGGCUUACAAUACUUCUGGGUCGACACGUGCUGCAUCGACAAGACGGACAAGGCUGAGCUCUCUCACGCCAUCCGGUCCAUGUUUCGCUGGGAGAGGAAACUCGAUAACAUGCUUGGCAAUUUCACCUGGGAGCCUGCUUUUAGGGCAAGCCGAUGGUUCGCGCGUGGCUGGACGCUGCAAGAGCUCCUUGCCCCGAGCAUAGUCGAGUUCUUCUCUCAAGAGUGGGAGAGGCUUGGCGACAAGAUAUCGCUAAAGUCAUCGAUCCACAAGAUCACUAGUAUUUCACUUGAAGCGCUCGACGGAGCCCCUCUGUCCCAAUUUAGCGUCGACGAACGGCUGCGGUGGAAAGGUGACCGGGAGACCAAGCGCGAAGAAGAUGCAUGGUACUCACUAUCAGGUAUCUUUGAUGUUGAGAUAGCGCCGGCUUAUACCGAAGGGGCGGCAAGUGCGUUCAGACGUCUGAUGGACGAGAUCGACAAUUCCAAAAGAUGUGUCCAUGGUAUACAAAGCACAGAUCCGCGUGACGACAAGAAGCGCAUCGAGGAAACCAAAGGUGGACUGCUAGCUGACUCCUACCGCUGGGUUCUCGACAAUGCUACUUUCCAGGGGUGGCAACAUGACCAACGCAGCCAACUGCUCUGGCUGCCUAAGACUGCCCUUGUAUCGUACUUCUUCUGCCAAGCGACUGACUCACGCAUCAACAGCGCCACAGCCGUGUUGCGAGGACUGUUGUACAUGCUUGUGAGUCAGCAACCGUCACUCGCAUCGCACGUCCGUAAGAAGCACGAUCACGCAGGCAAAUCGUUGUUCGAGGAUGCGAAUGCCUGGGUUGCCCUGACAGAGAUCUUCGCGGACGUGCUACGGGAUCCACAGCUCAGGGCUACACACCUGAUCAUCGAUGCGCUAGACGAGUGUGUCACUGAUCUGCCGAAACUGCUCCGCUUCAUCGCAAAGCAGUCUUCUGUGUCUUCCCGCGUCAAGUGGAUCGUGUCGAGCCGCAAUUGGCCAGAGAUUGAAGAGCAGCUGGAGCAAGCUGGGCACAAGGUCAGGUUGAGCCUUGAGCUGAACACAGAGUCUGUAUCGAUGGCCAUAGGGGUGUUCAUCCGACAUAAGAUAUCUCAGUUGGCACUGCACAAGAAGUACGACGAGCAGACGCAAGACGCGAUGACAUUCCUUUGGGUAGCGUUAGUGUGUCAAGACCUCGAAGCGACGGCGAGGCGGAACGUUCUAAAGAAGCUGGACAGCUUCCCUCCCGGGCUGAUCGCACUGUACGAGCGGAUGAUGCGUCAGAUUAGCGUGUCAGAUGACGCUGCACUUUGCAAGCAGGUGCUGGCUUUGACAGCGCUUGUGUAUCGACCAGUCACGCUGAAGGAGCUGGUGGCCCUUGCCGAGCCGCUCGAAGACAUGGCCGAUGAAGCAGAAGUACGAGAGGUCAUCGGGCUUUGUGGAUCGUUCCUCAGUCUGCGAGAAGAUACCGUCUACUUUGUACACCAGUCCGCGCAAGACUUCCUCUUCGCCAAGGCAUAUGACGAGAUCUUCCCGCGUGGGGCUGAAGCUACUCAUCACGUGAUCUUCUCAAGGUCGCUCGCGAUUCUGUCUCGGACGUUGCGCAGGGACAUGUACAGCCUGGAAGUGUUAGGAUUUGCUAUCGAAGACCUUCGACCGCCCAAUCCAGACCCGCUUGCAGCCUUACGCUACUCGUGCGUCCACUGGAUUGACCAUCUGUACGACUCGAAGCCUAAGUCUUGGGCUGAUGGUGUUGGCGACUUGGAAGUCGCAAGUGCCAUCGAUGAAUUUAUGAGAAAGAGAUAUCUAUACUGGCUAGAAGGGCUCAGUCUGUGCAGAAGUAUGGGAAAAGCGGUGGUUUCAAAGGCAAAGCUAUGCUUUCUGGUUCAGGAGAUGCAGGCUGACGAUAAGCUUAUCGAGAUUGUCCAAGAUGCAUUCCGAUUCGUCAUGUAUCACAAAGGAGUGAUUGAGAGCUACCCCCUGCAGACGUAUGCAUCUGCGCUGUUGUUCAGUCCGACAGGGAGCGUGACUAGAAGGUUGUUUCAGCACGAAGAGCCCAACGGAAUCGCUGUCAGGCCAGCCAUGCGCGCUGGCUGGAGUGCUUGCCUGCAGACGCUCGAGGGCCAUAGCGGCGCUGUCAGCUCUGUAGCCUUCUCGCACGACUCGGCCAAGCUGGCGUCGGUGUCAUGGGGCAACACCGUCAAGGUGUGGGAUGCGAGCAGUGGCGCGUGUCUGCAGACGCUCGAGGGCCGUAGCAGGAAUGUCACGUAUGUAGCCUUCUCGCACGACUCGAGCAAGCUGGCGUCGACGUCAGACGACAAGACGGUCAAGGUGUGGGAUGCGAGCAGCGGCGCGUGUCUGCAGACGCUCGAGGGCCAUAGCAGUACUGUCAUCUCUGUAGCCUUCUCGCACGACUCGAGCAAGCUGGCGUCGGCAUCAGUCGACGGGACCGUCAAGGUGUGGGAUGCGAGCAGCGGCGCGUGUCUGCCGACACUCGAGGGCCAUAGCAGUACUGUCACCUCUGUAGCCUUCUCGCACGACUCGAGCAAGCUGGCGUCGGCGUCAAACGACAAGACGGUCAAGGUGUGGGAUGCGAGCAGUGGCGCGUCCCUGCAGACGCUCAACGUUGGCAAGACUCUUUACAGUCUAUCUUUCGAUCCCACCAGCUCUGUUCUUCUUUCUGAGAUAGGUCCCAUUGCCACACACAGCCCGGGAACCUCUAGCGAGGUAGCUGUUGUGGAACCUGAACUCCCUCUGUAUCUAGGCACAAGCCUCAGCUCCGAUAGCAUAUGGAUCAACGAGUGGACCGGCUAA